GGAAAAUUCAAACUUUCACCAAAAAGACAUACCAUUGAGCUAUUACAUAAGUUACACGGCUUUCCAAAUAAAUAACCUUUUUGAGACGACGCGUUCUAUUCGUGUUAGUCCAGCUGAAGAAAGAGUGAGGGGAUCUGUACCUAUGUACCUGUAGCAAGGGCAAUAGGGUAACCCUGGGAUCCCCACUUGGACUAGACUGACCAACCUCUUCUUCUUGCCUCGAUUUUAUCGAAUUUUAUUCGUUUAUUGUACCUGAUCGUCGCAACCGUCGCACCUACAACUCCAGAACACGUCGAGCACGGUUUUUUGGCCAACGACGAUAGCUUCAACUCGCCUGUCUCCGCAAUUUCUACAGCAGCUGUUUGCUGCAUACGAGCCAAAAUGACUAGCCCAACCCGGGAGCAAUUCCCACCUGCUGCGCAGCCAUUCAACACCAUCCACGCGAACCCUUCUCUCACCACACAGCUCGCUACCCAGCUCCACGCCCCGCCCUCACCACAAACUCACAGAGCGCUGCGCAAACUGCAAUCCGCACACAAUCUCGGUGCCGCCGCGCGGAAUCCGACUCAGAGCUCCAUCAUGCCUCCCCAAGUUUUCCGUGCGGAUAUCCAGGAUCGCGUCGCGUCGCCUGCGCCGAACAACAGACCUGCGAACCGGUCCCCUCAGCGGAACAGAGCAAACUCCGACGCCGCGACACCUCCACCCGCAACCUUUCCGAAUAAUAUCCUCAUUUCGUUGAACAGCAAGAGAACUGCUUUAAGUAGAACAUCGAGAGCAGCCGACAACAUGUCUCUGGACCGGCUGAUUAGAGAGGGUCCUCCUGAUGGUGACAUAGAUGCCGCUUUGGAGAGCGCACGCCUGAAGGUUUUGGACCAGGGUAUUCGAAGCGAUAGUGAUGGAAUGUCGCGAACUCGCAUUUACGUCUGGCUCAUCUUUCUCGAUGCGCCCGUCCUUGACACCAAUGAAUAUCUCGGUUUGAUACAUCGAGGCGCUUCGCCAGCCUAUUCCAAGAUCCGAAACGACACUUUUCGAACCUUGACUACCGAUCCUCUCUUCCGUCGUCGUGUUAGUGAGGCAAGCUUAAUUCGUCUUUUAAAUGCUAUUGCCUGGAAGCUGCAUGAUGCGAAAGAAGAACGCCGACCGACCAGCAGCAGACUCUCUAUCGCCCCUACUGAUAGUGCCAGUAGCUCCCGUAGCGAUCUGUCGCAGACGGAUAUCUCGCCGUUCUCUAGGAACCGUAACCGCGCUCUUACGCUCACGACAGAGGACUCUGAUGCUACCACGUCAGAGCCCGGUACCUACGUGCAGGGGAUGAACGUGCUUGCCGCCCCGUUCCUGUAUGCAGCUCGUAGCGAGGUAGAGGCAUUCGCUUCGUUUCACACUCUCCUGACCAAGGAGUGUCCUGGAUACAUCCGGGGCGCAAUGGACGGGGUUCACCGCGGCCUAGCCCUAGUCGACAAGGUAUUAGGAAUCGUGGAUCCUAAGCUUAGCUCCCACUUAAAGUCUAAGGCUCUAUCGGCGGAAAUAUACGCCUUCCCAUCCGUCCUCACUCUGUGUGCAUGCACACCUCCUCUCCCAGAAGUAUUAAAGCACUGGGAUUUUCUUUUCGCCUACGGGCCUCACUUAAACAUCUUAUGUAUCGUUGCCCAGUUGAUCAUGAUGCGUAAUGAGCUCUUGACCACUGCAAACCCUAACAAACUACUCCGAUCAUUCCCGGCUUUGCGGGCAGAAAUGGUCAAGCGAACUACCCUCGCUAUUAUCAAGAUGAUACCCGAGGACGUCUACGCAGAGAUCGUCAAACACGCUCUAUAAUGUACCAUCUAAUGAUAGCGCCAUUCUCUAGGAUGGAAGUAUGCCUAUAGGAUAUGGGGCUUGCUUUGGUUCAGCCCCUUUUGUAACAACAGCCCAUGACGACGAAUUAAAGGAACUCGGAGACCUCGGCAUAUACCCAGACGGCCGAGGCAUUGGACGACAUUGGAUCCUCGUAUCACGAGAUGCCCAUGAUAAUGACCUUUGCAUAUAGAUUCCUCUCGCGCGAUCGGAAGCCUGCCUAUCUACGGAGUAAGCCUUCUCAGCAUACGUCUAGUUGCGAGAACGCAUAAGAAAAGGUCUGAUACCACCAAACCUUGUACUAUAUAAGACGACAUGGACGACGAACGAACACUAAAAAGGGGAGAAGACCUUGAGGGUCACGAAUCAUGCAUGAUGAAGUUACGAAUACCGCACACAGCGUGUCUUUUUUUCUUUUGUUUGUUGCUGUACUACUACUGUAUAAGGGCAAAGGAAACGGAUUGCCGAUUGCUAUAGAUGAUUGACCUGAACUACCUUGCCCUACUUUACGCGCAAAACGAAUACAAUAUGUACACUAAUAGGCGCGCUUAGCGUGCUGUAUUUUGAUAUAUACAAUGAUCUAACUGAUUCUUCUGCGAAGAUAACUGAUUUCAUUCAUCUUAUUAUAUUAUAUACCUAUCUUUCUGUAUACUACAC